CCUUCAGUGGCUGUGAGGCAGCUGCCCGGUCCACGUCUGGGCCUGUGGCGAGGCGAGGGGUCGGGAGCGGACGCGCGAGCGGGGCGGGAGGGACGGACCGCGCGGCGGCGGCGGGCGCCGGACGAGCCAGUGAGGGAGUGCAGCAGAGAGCAGGCGCCCCAAGCGCUCACGGUGGCAGGAGCAGCCCGCACGCCGCGCUCUCUCUGAGGGGGAUUUGCAGUUGCAAUAUGACUUUGGAGGAAUUUUCGGCUGGAGAGCAGAAGACCGAAAGGAUGGAUAAGGUGGGGGAUGCCCUCGAGGAAGUGCUCAGCAAAGCCCUGAGUCAGCGCACCAUCACCGUGGGGGUGUACGAGGCGGCCAAGCUGCUCAACGUGAUCCACUUCACCCUGAUCCAGGCGUUCUGCUGCGAGAACGACAUCAACAUCCUGCGCGUCAGCAACCCCGGCCGACUGGCCGAGCUCCUGCUCCUGGAGCCCGACGCCAGCCCGGCCGCGAGCGAGGGCGCCGAGCAGCCCCCGGACCUGCACUGCGUCCUGGUGACGAAUCCACAUUCAUCACAGUGGAAGGAUCCUGCCUUAAGUCAACUUAUUUGCUUUUGCCGGGAAAGUCGCUACAUGGAUCAGUGGGUUCCAGUGAUUAAUCUCCCUGAACGGUGAUGGCAUCUGAAUGAAAAUAACUGAACCAAAUUGCACUGAAGUUUUGAAAUACCUUUGUAGUUACUCAAGCAGUUACUCCCCACACUGAUGCAAGGAUUACAGAAACUGAUGUCAAGGGGCUGAGUGAGUUCAACUACAUGUUCCGGGGCCCGGAGAUAGAUGACUUUGCAGAUGGAAAGAGGUGAAAAUGAAGAAGGAAGUGGUGUUGAAACAAAUACAAGUCAAAAGGAACAAAAAUUACAAAGAACCACGCAGGAAGGAAAACAAACUAUGUAUUAAUUUAGAAUGGUUGAGUUACAUUUAAAUAAACCAAAUGCGAUUUGUUAAAGUUCAAAUGUGCAGCAGUAGUUUGGGUAUUUUUGGUUUAUAUGCCCUCAAAUAAACGAAAAACAGAAAGGGUUGAUCCUAUUUUAAAACCAUAUUUUAUUGUAUUUUGAUGAGAUGUUAAAUUCUCAAAGUUUUAUUAUAAAUUGUACUAAGUUAUUUUAUGACAUGAGAAGUUAUUUAUGCUAUAAAUUUUUUGAAACACAAUACCUACAAUAAACUGGUAUGGAAUAAUUGCAUCAUU